AUGCCCAGAAGCCCAAAGAACACCAACAAGAAAAAACUACAAGCUCUCAAGCUGCUUAAGGCGACAAGUGCGACUGUAGUGGCAGUUGCGUCUGCUGUUGGGGUCGACUGGUCGACUCUUCAUCGCUGGAAGAAGGACGCCAGUCGUAUCGCUGAAUCGAGCCCCAGUCAGUGCUUUGCCGGCCCCAAUGCGCGUGCUCACGUAUUCGUGCAGCAGCCUGAGCUCGAGCAGAGGCUACUCGAGUGGAUUGCCAACAUGCGCAAAAAUAAAUAUCUUUGUGUGUCUACCAACUGCCUACUGCUUAUGCACUCGAAGUUCGCUCCCGCCCUCUUCGCGUCACGGUCCCGGGCGGCUAGUUUGAUGUUCAUCCGCCGUUUCCUCAAGCGCAAUCGACUGACGGUGCGGCGGAUUACUCACAAGGGCCGAAGCGCGAUAAACGGCUUCAGAGUGUCCGUGUUCCUUGCUGCGUCGGCCACGGGCGAGAAGCUGCCUCCGUUUGUUGAUUUUGCAGGUGUGCCCGGCGGACCCGUAUCCCAAGAGGUGUUCAGCCCUGCUAUUAGAGCGGCGUCCGUCGAGCAUACCGUGCAGACGAACGCGUACUGCGACGCCACGGUCAUGCUGGACUGGAUCGAAAGGCUUAAGGACCCACAAGAUGGCGUCGGUCCGCCUUCAUCUUUCAAGAACCACAUCACGAAUGCGUACCUGCAGUAUCAUCUCGAGCACCCGUUUCCGGCGACUGCGCGCGAGAAGCGAGCCCUGAUGUCACGCCUUGUGGUCGAACCCUGGGACGCAGUACCUGCCACGGUGAUUACCAACGGCUUCAUCAAGGCCGGCUUGAUUCCAACCGGCCCCCGAGACCGCAGUGCCCGCUUCCGGGUUCCCGAUGUGUCGGCUAGCAAUGCGCCACUUGUAUGCGAUGAAUAA